AUGGCGCCACGCAGGGUCGCGACAACGUCCUCGCACGACUAUGUGUCUCUGGUGCCCCUACCUCCCCCCACGGAAGAAGACGACGACGGCGAGGACGUCGGACAGCGGCCGCCUAAGCCCAAAAGAAAGAAAACAUGGCAACGCUUCGGUCUCAUGAGCUUCAUCAUCCUGCUUCUUGGCUCAGCGAUACUACUUUUAGUAUUGCUUAUACUAUGGAUUCUCUGGAAAUCAUCGAUGAGAGCGGCUGAUGGAGGCCCGGCAGAAACACCCUGGGUGUACAUCUUCCGAGCAAACCGGGCAACCACUCUCGUUGCCUUAUGUACAGCAGGCUUAAGGACAGUUAUAGGCCUCCAGUCAAGUGUGGCUACUGGGAUGCUUGCGGGAAUAAUCCUGGAGAAAAUUGGCGCCCCAUUGUUGAAGGCACCAUUCUACUCCAUCAUCAGGGCUGUCAGUAUCGCUCCAAGCAACUUGUUACCUGCGGUACGCUCCAGGCCCAAAGAUACUCUAUCAUUCUUAGUAUACACGCUUGUGGUCCUUGAGGUCCUCUUGACUGUGGCGUCCCAAUUUCUCUCCGCCAUCCUCACCACCGACUUUGCGGAGGGCACAUUCGCUGAUAUAAACAACUCUACCGACGUCCGGAUCUUUGUACAUGAAAGAGGAAGACUAAAUAUAAACAACAAGUACUGGGAACUCCCACCCGCAUCGAGUUGGACAUUCGCUGAGUCCUCAGAAUCGUUUACCAAAGGAGCGAGCUUUGAUGAUACUGGACACACUUAUCGAGCUUUCCUUCCCUUUGAGGAGGAGGCUCAUCGAACCAAGUUACGAAAAUUCCGCGGCCCAGCUCAUGUUAUAGACCACCGUGUAGUCUGUGCGACACCUUCUUUGAGAAAUCUUAGUCUCAAUUGGAUGAACAAUGCUAUUAGUUGGGACUUAUCAGGUCAAAUAGCUAUGGAAACUACGCUAUACCCAAUGUUAAAAGAGAUUAAACCCCAGGACUAUGUUGAUUUUGUCUGCGCUUUAGCGAAACCGACAUAUACAAAUGUUACGACCGAUACAUAUGUUACGACCGGGGAGUCGAGCUUGUGUGCUAUAGAUUCAACAAAUUGGACGAUAUUACUAGAAGAUCCUUUGGUCGUUCCUGUUUUCGAACAGGGGAGUGGGCCAAACGCCAUUUCUCCAGACAAGGUAGGCCAUCCCAAGGGAUCAAGAAUGUUUAUGAUUUUGGACAUUGUUUCCGCGUUUCCAAUAUGGAGAAUACGUGAUCACCAUGAUUACAAGGUUGUCCGCAACGACGGACCCUGGGUGAUAGCAGCGGGAGAGGAAGGGAUGGAGACUAUCCGGAUCACAGCCUGCAUGACUAACCUCGCACCGAAAACCUUUACCGUCGACAUCCAUAGCGCUUGGGAUAAUCCGGAACCCAGGUUGACUUGGGACUACCAAGCUAAAAGGUACAAUACGGAGACAGCUCGGCAUCAACUCGGUGCAUCAUUGAUACCGGAGAGUUUCGAGAAACGGCGAGUGCUGACCCUAGCACCGAGGCCCCAAUGGCAAGACUUCCCUAAUAAGACGGGAAUAUGGGACUCGCCCUUCUAUUUCGACAAAAUUCUUCAAUAUACAUUGUCAGUGAGUCAUGUGCAGUACGAAAACGGAACUACGGACCCUGGUAUCAUCCUUUCUGAAGGGGACCGAAUGAUAGACAACAACGCAUACAUAUCUCAUAUACACCCCUUCCAAGACACAUUACAUGAUACGAAAAGCCCGGCUUUGGCACUCCAGGUACUGUUGGCAAGGAUCACUCAGAUGGUAUACUAUGAGGAUUUUCUACGGUUGGAUAAUAAAUCGGAUGCAUUGGUUUCGUUCUCCUCCACGGCGUUGAUCCCGAGGAAGUGGACGGGACUGAUCGCCGCCACGGCUCUUGUCGUGAUUCAUUUAACCCUAUUAGUUAUUGUCACAAUCAUUUACCUGAAGUGUACUAAUGAGUCGCUAUUGGGGAGCUCGUGGCAAGCUAUUUCACAGGUCAUCUCCGACGAGACCCUUCCCAUAUUAGAGCAUGCGGACAGAAUGAACGAUGAGGAUAUUAGGCGCUGGGCCAAAGGUCAAUCUCUCGACGCUGGAAACCAUCAGGUUAUCAGAUGUCGAAGCACGGGGCGCGUUUGCUUGGGAAACAAAGGAGAGAAGACUUGA